AUAGCUGGCAAAAGAUAAAUGGUGAAGAACCCGUCUGCUUUGGAGCUGAAGAUAAUCAGUAUGGCGCUUUUAAUAUGAGAAAGAGUGGACGAGUGAAGACAAUGAAGCCUGUUCACAGGUCAGGGUGGGUACGCUGCAACGAUCAAGGGAUGCAGAUAUGGUACGGACAGGAUUGGAAGGACUGCUCAGAGAAUGACGGUAACAAUGGCAAAACCUGUGUUGAUGUUUACGCAUG